UCAAUUUCCAAUUGUAAAGGGAUUCGCGAGGUGUGAUGGCCUUAACGAACUUCAUCCUUACAGUGGCGGGUGUGGGUGCCGUUGUUCUACUCUUCAGGAGCGAUGUCAAGCACUCUGCGGCAAUCUUCAGACGCAACGUUCGUCAGAUUCGCCAGUGGCUUGAAGAAGAAUCUUCUUCUACUUCUAAGGCAGCAGAAAAAGUGAAGCAUAAGGAAUUGGAAUCUCAAGUUCCUCAAAAAGAUGUAAACAAGGAGGGCAAACACUAGUCUUACGAAGUAACAGUUCAUCUUCAUUUUGGUUUAUGUAUUAUGUAGCUUGACCAAUAUCAUGGUAGACAUGCACAAAAGUUUGUUGUGCGUUCAUGUUCUCUAAACCUUCAUGUUUUUACUUUUCUACUUGUGAUU